AUGUGUAUGACCGCUUCUAAAACUGGGGUAAAGGAACAAACCUUCGUUACAAUACAGUUGCUUGUGGGGUCCCAUCGGAUUCAACGACCCAACCGGGUUUAUAACCACUGCGUAUUUAGGGUCCACGAAACUCAUGAUAAAUCUACGCCUGGCAAUAUGUUUCGCCACAUAGUAUCAUAUAGACGGUCUCUUGUGUUGAUACUGUGCACGAUAUUGUUUUUGGAGGCUCAAGCUGAUUCAGAUAUAUGCAAGAUAUGUACUUGCAAUUCACUUACAACAAAAAUAAAUUGUGACAAUCGCAAUCUAGCAUCAAUUCCACAACCAAUUCCGACGAAUGUUGAAUAUUUAGAUCUGCAGGAUAACAAUAUUGCAACCAUCCAAGAAGGUGUAUUCACGGGGCUUAAGAAUUUAAAACAAUUAUCUCUAAAGGACAAUAAAAUUUCGAGGAUUGAAAAAGAGAUGUUUCAAGGCCUUCAGAACUUACAGGAAUUAAUUCUGUGGAACAACAAAAUUUCAACCAUCGAAGAAGAUGUAUUCACGAGGCUUUCCGAUUUAACGUCAUUAGAUCUUGACGGCAACGACAUUUCGACCAUCAAAGAUGGUUCCUUCAAUGGGCUUUCGAAUUUAACGAAAUUAGAUCUGCGGAACAACAAAAUUUCAACCAUCAAAGAAGGGACCUUCACGAGGCUUUCGAAUUUAAACUACUUAUAUUUGCAAAACAACCUAAUAGAAAAAUAUGAAGAUGGCGCUUUCUUAUUCCUUCGCAGCAUAGUUGAAAUUAACCUGGAAAACAAUAACCUUAUGAAGUGUGGAUGUCACUUGCCAGCCUUCGUUAAAUAUAUUAAAAAAGUCUAUAACAGAAUUGUGGCUGUCUCUGGCAAGUGUCUUGAAGGCUCAGGGAAACGAAUACCUAUACUGGAUUAUUCGCAAUGUCAAAACUACUGGUUAUUUCAACGGAAUUUACAGUGUCAAACAUGUUCAGGAAUUAGCUGUAAUGAUUCAAAUGUGAGAAGCUGUCCAGGAGCAGAGCCUGUAUGCCGAUUCUCAAUAUCAAUGAACGGUGCUAAACUGAAGACUGAAAGGUCCUGCAGCACAUACAGAAAAUGUGUUGAAGCAAUGAGAAACAAUAACAUUACAUGCAAUAAACGGACGAAUAGCACGGCUUGUACUGGUUGUUGCGUCGGACACUUAUGUAACAAGAAUGAUUUCAUUGAUUACUCGUUAUAUCAACGGAAUUUACAGUGUCAAACAUGUUCAGGAAUGAAAUGUACUGAUUUAGAAGUGACAAGCUGUCCAGGAGCAGAGCCAGUAUGCCGAUUCGCAAUAUCAGUGAACGGUGCUAAACUGAAGACUGAAAGGUCCUGCAGCACAUACAGAAAAUGUGUUGAAGCAAUGAGAAACAAUAACAUUACAUGCAAUAAACGGACGAAUAGCACGUCUUGUACUGGUUGUUGCGUCGGACACUUAUGUAACAAGAAUGAUUUCAUUGAUUACUCGUUAUAUCAACGGAAUUUACAGUGUCAAACAUGUUCAGGAAUGAAAUGUACUGAUUUAGAAGUGACAAGCUGUCCAGGAGCAGAGCCUGUAUGCCGAUUCGCAAUAUCAGUGAACGGUGCUAAACUGAAGACUGAAAGGUCCUGCAGCACAUACAGAAAAUGUGUUGAAGCAAUGAGAAACAAUAACAUUACAUGCAAUAAACGGACGAAUAGCACGGCUUGUACUGGUUGUUGCGUCGGACACUUAUGUAACAAGAAUGAUUUCAUUGACUACUCGUUGUAUCAACGGAAUUUACAGUGUCAAACAUGUUCAGGAAUUAUCUGUAAUGAUACAAAUAUGAGAAGCUGUCCAGAAGCAGAGCCUGUAUGCCGAUUCGCAAUAUCAGUGAACGGUGCUAAACUGAAGACUGAAAGGUCCUGCAGCACAUACAGAAAAUGUGUUGAAGCUAUGAGAAACAAUAACAUUACAUGCAAUAAACGGACGAAUAGCACGGCUUGUACUGGUUGUUGUGUCGGACACUUAUGUAACAAGAAUGAUUUCAUUGGCUGGACCAAAUCCUUCGUAUUUCGUUUGAUUUUUAAAAAGUUCAACGAAUAUAAUAAAAUUCCUGCUGAGAACAUAUCAAGAGCCGUGAAAGUUCACACAAUGAACAUCACUUAUAUAUUCCGUGAUAUAAUUUCCGAUUCUGACAGUAAAUGA